AUGUCCCUCUCCGCGGGGGUCCCCAUCACAUAUCCCUGCCCAGAGGGGUCCCCGCUCCCACACCCCUGCUCUGGUGUCGUUGUCCUGUGCCCCUGUCCGGGAAGGGUCCCUGUCCCACAUCCCUGCCCGGGUGUUCCCAUUCCACGACCCUGCCCCGGUGUAGCUGUUUCUGCAUCCCUACCCAGGGAUGUACCCAUCCCGCAUCCCUGCCCGGAGGGGUCCCUGUCCCGCGUCCCUGCCCGGAGGGGUCCCUGUCCCGCGUCCCUGCCCGGCUGUCCCCGCUCCCGCAUCCCCGCCCAGGUCCCCCCGCUCUCCGCGCAGCCCCGUGGCCGUUCGGGCGGCGCUGCCAGCCCGGUACCCGAGCACGUCCCGCUGCCCCGCGCUCACCUCUGCUCCCAGGAGGGAGAGCUCCCGGCUCCUCGCUCGCUGCCCGGGGCGGCGGAGCCCGAGGCGGGAGGCGCUGGGGGGGAGAGGAGAGGGGCGGCCCCGCCCCAGGCUGUGUCCCCACCCCGGGGCGCCGGCAGCGCCCAGGCGGGUGCGAAGCGGCUGCCCCCACGCCAAAAGCCGCGGGCGGGCGCGGUGGGGGGGGGGGGGCAGAGUGCGAGCGGCCGGCUCUGAGCUCCGCGGGGGGGCGCGGGGAUGGCGGGCAGGGGCUGCCCGGGCCGCCGGGCGCCGCCGCCGCCGCUGCUGCUGCUGCUGCUGCUCGCCCUGCUCUGGCCGCGCCGCGCCGCCGCCGAGAGCUGUGUAUGCAAAGGAAAAAGUCCCUGCUUUUGCGAUGGCAUGAAAGGUAAUAAGGGUGAAAAAGGCUUUCCUGGUUACCCAGGUCCACCUGGUCAUAGAGGCUUUCCUGGUCCAGAAGGGCCUCCAGGGCCCCAGGGACCAAAGGGUUCUCCAGGGCUUACGGGCUUAGUUGGACCCAAAGGUAUACGAGGCUUACCAGGAAUACCUGGAUUUUCAGGUCCCCCAGGCCUUCCAGGUGAACCGGGAGCUGCUGGUCCUCCUGGGCGUUCAGGUGUUCCAGGAUGCAAUGGCACAAAGGGUGAUCAAGGUUUUCCAGGUCCUCCAGGUAGAAGAGGUGCUCCAGGUGUUCCAGGUAUUGCUGGCAUCAAAGGAGAGAAGGGGGAGCCUGCAGAUGGAUAUUACCAAGAGUAUGGUGCAAAGGGUGAUCCUGGAUUGCCAGGAACACCUGGACUUCAGGGUGCCCAGGGUCCCCAGGGAUAUCCCGGGGAACUCGGACCACACGGCCCCCCAGGAGCUUCAGGCUUGCCAGGGAAUGCAGGACCUCCUGGACCUAAGGGUCUUAUGGGAUUGAAAGUAAUAGGAGCCAAAGGAAGAAAGGGUGAUACUGGCUUAACUGGACCCCCUGGACCACCAGGAACUGUUAUUGUGACGUUAAGUGGACCAGACAACAUGACGGAGUUGAAAGGAGAGAAAGGAGAAAAAGGAUCAAGAGGACUUCCAGGGCCAAUGGGCUUUACAGGGCCAGUUGGUGAUUCUCAAAGUGAAAAGGGUGACCAAGGAGAACCUGGAGCACAGGGCAAACCUGGCAAUGAAGGUGCCCCAGGCCCACCUGGCUUACCGGGACAAAGGGGUGAACAGGGCAAACCAGGACUGCCAGGCAGGCAAGGACCUAAGGGGAUGAAGGGAAACACUGGUCCACCUGGAGCUUGUGGUCGAACAGAGUAUUAUGAUAUUGUGGUUGGUGAAAAAGGAGAUGAAGGUCCCCCUGGACCUCCAGGACCAAAAGGUCAACGAGGCAUGCCUGGGCCGCAGGGUCCUCCUGGAGGUGCUGGUAGACCAGGUGUUUCAAGACCUGGUCUUAGAGGUCCCCCAGGAUUUCCUGGCCUGAAAGGAACAAAAGGAGAGAAAGGACAAACUGGCUUGUGUAUUGUAGGCCCUCCAGGAUUACCUGGUAUUAUUGGCAAACCUGGUUCUGUUGGAUUACCAGGUCCUCCAGGAGAACCAGGUGGAGUAACGUUUAGAACAGGCCUACCAGGACUUCCUGGAGAGCCAGGGUCUGCUGGACCUCCAGGACCUCCGGGAGAUAUUGGCAUUAAAGGUGAUGAAGCUGGCGUGUGUACUGAUUGCAGCUAUAUCCCAGGAAUACCUGGUCUUCCUGGUUCUCCUGGGCCACAUGGCCAAGAUGGGAUGCCUGGUAGAGAAGGAACGACAGGUCCAAAAGGGUCUCCAGGUUCUCCAGGAGCACCAGGGUUUCCAGGAGCUCAAGGACCUCCUGGUUUUAGAGGAGACCAAGGACGUAAAGGAUCAAAAGGUGAGCCAGGAUAUGUGUAUCCAGAAGGGCCAAAAGGUGAGCGAGGAGAUCCAGGGGCCAGAGGAGACAGAGGAAGAAAAGGUUCGAGUGGAUUUCUGGGAAGACCUGGCUCUAAAGGAUCCAAGGGUUUUAAAGGUGAAAAGGGAUCAGCUGGUUCAAAAGGAGACAGGGGACUACCUGGAUUGCCUGGCAGUCUUGGUCUACCUGGAGAGAUGGGGCUUCCUGGACUGCCAGGGUAUGGACUACCAGGCGUAAGAGGUUUCAAAGGCUCUAAAGGAAUACCUGGUCCACCUGGAUUACCUGGAGAAGCUGGUUUGAAAGGAGAGACCAGCAGGAUAACUCCACCACCUCCAUUACCAGGGCCUCAAGGACCAGAUGGUUUACCUGGACCCCCAGGAGUGCCUGGUAGUGUUGGAGCGACAGGUCCGCCAGGUGAUUCAGGACAUCCAGGGCCAACAGGUGACACAGGUUUUCCAGGGCUUGGAUUUCCUGGAAAUCCAGGUCCAAAAGGAGACAAAGGUUCUGCAGGAGGCAGAGGGUCACCAGGCUGUGAAGGAAAGAUUGGAGAUCCAGGCCGAGCUGGAAAUCUAGGACAACAAGGAGAAAAGGGUGACCCAGGCAUAGUUAUUCCUGGAGAGCCAGGUCGACUGGGUUCACCAGGAGGUCGUGGCUUUCCUGGCUCAAAAGGUGAUGCUGGAUUUCCAGGACUUCCAGGCCUACCAGGGCAUGCUGGACAUGAUGGUGAUGACGGUCCAAGAGGAGAUCGUGGCUUACCUGGAGUUCCUGGAGAUCCAGGUUUUCCAGGGAAACCUGCUGAAUGUCUUAUUGGCCUGCCAGGUUUGCCAGGUGGCCAGGGAGCUACCGGUCCCCCAGGAGGAAGAGGUUUGCAAGGUUCCAAAGGAGAACUAGGUCCUCCUGGCAUGAGUUUCCCAGGAAUCUAUGGAAUGCCUGGGGAACAUGGAUUAAUAGGUCUUCAGGGAAAUACAGGAUUACCUGGACCCACGGGGCAGUCUGGAAGGCCGGGAAUCCCUGGUGUGACAGGCUCACGGGGAGAGCCAGGUAUGAUGGGCUUUUUAGGAUUUCCUGGACACCCUGGUGUGAUUGGGAGACCAGGCAGCCCGGGUAUCAGAGGUUCUCCUGGCUUCCCAGGACUAAAGGGAAGAAAGGGUUUUCUUGGAGCAAAAGGUGAACCAGGUGAUAAAGGUUUUCCUGGACCAUCAGAGACGUUGGUUGGUCUUGGUACUAAAGGAGAACCAGGCUUAAACGGUGUUCAAGGAAGAAAGGGUCUCAAGGGAGCGAAAGGAGAUGCUGGUGUGCAAGGUCCCCCAGGUCUUGAUGGGUCUGAAGGAAUAUCAGGUCUACCAGGUGUCAAAGGAUUUAUGGGUCUUCCAGGGAUUCCUGGAGGACAAGGAUUCCCAGGAGCACCAGGAAACAAAGGGGACAUGGGGGUUCCAGGUCCUAAAGGACAGAAAGGAUCACCAGGCUUUCCAGGGCCAUCAGGUGACCCUGGUCCACUGGGCUAUGGCGGCUUUCCAGGUGACAAAGGAGACCCUGGGUACCCAUCUGUGGGGCCUCCAGGAGAACCCGGUCCAAAGGGAGAUCCAGGCCCCCCGGGAGUUUUGGGCAGAAAAGGAGAAAAAGGAUCUCAAGGUCAUCCAGGAGAGAAAGGGGUAGCAGGACCCCAUGGGAUCCGAGGGGAGACUGGGGGUGCAGGAAUACCAGGAAAGCUUGGACCUCCUGGAGGUGUUGGUGCGAAAGGAUUGCCUGGCUGCCCAGGACAACAGGGCGUUGCAGGCCCUCCCGGUGCUGUUGGAGAGCCUGGAAAAAAUGGACUUGUUGGUGAAAGAGGUAGUAAAGGUCGGGAUGGUAUGCCUGGUCCCCCAGGAGGAAAGGGAGAACCAGGAGCACCAGGGAGAGGAAUCCCUGGCCUUCGAGGUAUUCCUGGUCGUAAAGGAAUCAAAGGCAACAUGGGACUGCCUGGUUUUCCUGGGCCACCAGGUAUGAAAGGUCAUCAGGGCGAUCAAGGACCUGUUGGACCUCCUGGCUUGAUGGGGCCGCCUGGGUUUCAAGGAACAACAGGCAUGGCAAUUCCUGGCCAAAAAGGGAAUAGAGGUAUUGCUGGUGCAGAUGGAAGACCAGGUGCUCCUGGUUUUCCAGGGCUUCCUGGUCUUCCCACUCCCAGCAUGAAAGGAAGCAAAGGUGCUAGAGGGGCAGAUGGCAUCCCAGGGCCAACAGGCCCAGCCGGCAACAUAGGUCCUCCUGGUCCAAAAGGAACAGAAGGUCGGGCAGGUUAUCCUGGUGAUAGAGGGGACUCUGGAUUUCGUGGAUUCCCUGGUGUGAAAGGAGAAAAGGGUAAUCAAGGACCCCCUGGACCAUAUGGUGCAGAAGGGCCAAGGGGGCCAAAGGGCCAUCAAGGUCCACCUGGAGUCCCUGGAAAAAUAUUCUCCAUCCGAGGAAGCAAGGGUCCCCCUGGACUGCCAGGAAUUCCAGGAACGCCAGGUGACCAAGGAAUUCAAGGGCUUCCUGGACUACAAGGACCUAAAGGAGUAAAAGGUCUACCAGGAAGUUUUGGUCAUCCAGGUCAACCAGGACUGCCUGGUCCAAAAGGAGACAGAGGGUUUCCAGGACCGAGAGGACAACCUGGAUUGAUUGGCUUUCCAGGUCUACAAGGGUUACCUGGAUUACCAGGUGCCAUUAUUGCUAGUCCACCAAGAAGAGGUUUUAUCUUUACUCGGCAUAGUCAAUCAACAAAGAUUCCUUCAUGCCCACAUGGGACAUCGCAGAUCUAUGUUGGCUAUUCGCUGCUUUUUGUACAAGGAAAUGAACGAGCGCACGGACAAGAUCUUGGGACAGCUGGUAGCUGCUUGCAGAGAUUUAGCACCAUGCCAUUCUUAUUCUGUAACACCAAUGAUGUUUGUAGUUUUGCUUCUCGCAAUGAUUAUUCAUACUGGCUGUCAGCUGCAGCAGUAAUGCCAGUAGACAUGGCACCGAUUUCUGGCAGGGCACUAGAGACCCAUAUUAGCAGGUGUGUGGUCUGUGAAGGAGCUGCAAUGGUAAUAGCAGUUCACAGCCAAACAACGGUGCUUCCUGCAUGUCCAGAAGGCUGGAUGUCUCUCUGGAAGGGUUUUUCUUUUGUUAUGUAUACAAGUGCCGGCUCGGAAGCUUCUGGCCAAGCUUUGGCAUCUCCUGGAUCGUGUUUGGAAGAAUUUCGAGCCAUCCCAUUCAUAGAAUGCCACGGCAGGGGGACGUGCAACUACUACACAAAUUCCUACAGCUUCUGGUUGGCAUCGUUAAAUCCAAGAAGAAUGUUCAGGAGACCUGUGCCACAGACUUUGAAAGCAGGAGAACUAGAAAACAUCAUCAGCCGUUGUCAGGUCUGUAUGAAGAGACCAGUCUAAACAGUGGCCACUCUUAAUGGAACAUGAAACUCUGCUUUGAUUACAAAGAAUUGCCUGACUCUGAAGAGCUAUAAUUUAUUACAGUCCAACUGCACCUGGAAAGAAAAUUAGAAAUGGCCCGUGCAGCAGUGUGGUGAGGUAGGGCAACAGUUUGUUUGCCUUUGGCAAAUGCAAAGCACUUUGUUGGAGAAAGCUUGCAGUGGCCGCCUGUGGAGGCUUCUCCUGAACUGUCAUUUCUGAGCUGCAUCUUCAUGAUAAAACUAUAGCAUUGCCAGAUCUUCAGUGGAAGAUGUUAACGCUGCCUUGUGCCAUGUGCUUUUCAAACUGCGAGACUAAUAUCAGCUUACAUAUGUUCAGUGUUCAAAGUGGAUAUAAUUUAAGAAGAAAAUCUGGCACUUACAAGAAACAGGGUUCACUAGGAGGUAUUUUCAGUGCACUUUUAAAUAUAUAUUGAUUCAUUUAGGGUUGUUUUGGUUUGGUUUUUCUUGUCUAAUAAACACUUAAGUAUCUCGCCGUUUACCUUACCCUUCCUCUGGCUGGCAAACAGAAAUACAAUCUUUCUUUGUAUCACUGUAAUCGGAAUGGUUCUUGACCAGCCAGAAAGGGACACGCAUCAGCUGUGUUCUCCAGAGUGACUGUGGCGAAGGGCCGACUAAUUGAAAGUGUUGGAAAGUUCUUACCAGAUUCCAUGGCGUUUAGCACAGACCAUGAAAUAUUUUUAAUUCUUCAGAAUUGGACAGUAUUGGGCCUUUAUUAUGAUCACACGCUUUGGAAUCUAUUGAAGGACAACUAUUUGGCAUAUCAGAAAUUGGUAUUUAGAUGGAAUUAGGAAUUGCUAUAUGGCUCAAGGGCUCCCAUGGCAUUAUCAGGUUAUCGCACACCUAUCAGUAUGUGGUUUCUUUCUAUCUUAUUUGUAUUAGAUAACAAAAAAUAUAGUAUUCACACUUUAUAUUAUUUCUUAUUUAAAUAUUUAUCACACACUUCUGCAAGUGAAACCAUUUAUUCCAUCCGGUUAAAAGCAUGCAUCCAAAAUUUUAAGACAGAUAUUUAAAUUGUACCAUCUGAGCACUGAUUUAUCCAAGAGAAUCCAACUGCAAACAAACAUAAAUACUUGAAAAGCACUUUCAUUUACUCAUACAACUUAUAUAAAAUUGUAGCUCUGAGGUGUUUGUUUUUUUAAUAUUUAUAACAUUGCACUUGCAAGUCUAUUUAAAAUGGUAAUGUUAACAUUUAAAGUGUUAAACUUUGUCAUACUUGCACAUUCUAUCAGAAUUGCAGUAUUUAGCGUUACAGAAGAGGCCUCAUUCAUCUGAAUAGUUCUGUAAAGGCAUCAUUUUAAAUGUAGGGUCUAGCAAUUCAUUGAAAUAACCAAGAUUUCUCAUUUAGCUGUUUUUUAAGCCAGUGAAAUUUUAUAUUGUUUCUGUUAAAAUACUUGCAUUGUGUUUGUCUGACUGUUUGAAUUUUCAGUGUUAACCUUACUAAGAAAAAGUUUCAUCUGUGUUUCAUGCUAGCACCUUCUGGUGGAGCGUAUGUGAAGAGACCAUUUACAUGAACUGAACGUGUGUUUUAAGAUUACUGUUUGCUUUAACGGUCACAGCAUUUCUGUUUGCAAGGUGUAAUUGUGAAUUUGCAGGGUUUUAUGAAGGAAGUCUAUGCAGAUGCACUACUGAUAAGAAGGUGUUAAUAUCAAAUUAGUAUUUAGUCUUCCAUUUGAGCCAAGUUUGGGGAUGGGAGUGUUUUCCUUAAGAUCACAUAUUAGAUUUUUCCAUAAACUCUGAAGUUUUCUUUAAAUGUUCGAAGAUAAAAUCCACAUCUGUAGCUUGUUCGGUUGUUGGUUUGGGGGUUUUGGUUUGGUUCCCAUUAGGGCUCAUUACAGCCACCCAAUUGCACUGUAUAUUCCAUACAAUGGAUGGAAGGCUGUGGAGACCCUCAUGUAACACCUACUGGUAUAACAUAGAAUGUAAGUACGUGGGGCCGAAGUCUGCUGGAAAUGCUCAGUACAGGAUAAUGUAUAAGGAGAAGGGAAUAGAUUGUGGUUUUAAAGACCAAAGGUAAGUUACAAAGAGUUAUGGCUCAUAGCAUAGCACAUAACUGGAAGUUGUGCCUCAUUCCUGUUUUGGAUUCUGCUGCUCACUGACUGUGUGGCCUUCACCAAGUUACUAAAGAAGGAUUCUCAUAAAUAGCUUUAGAUUUUGAGUGUUGAAACUCAGUCUGUCUUUCAAAAGCACGAAACAGAACUGCAGGGAUGCAGAUGUUCAUCAAGCCCAGCAUAAUACAAGCUGGAAACUGAAACUCAAAUAAAACCUUGAAAAAAAGUUGAUUUUAAGCUUUCUGCAGAAUCCGAUCAUUUUACUUCUCUACUGCUAAUGAUUGUUGUGAAGAUUAGUUAACUCCUGUCUGUAAAUGCUUGGAGAGCCUUACCUGGAAAUGCUGCAGAGGUGCGAGGUGUUCAUCUAUUGUACUGAAAGAAUGGGAGCAUGAGAAAUCGGAACUAAUGAACAAACAAAGGGGGGAGAGGAGGAAAGCAAACCUGCUGCUAAAUACAGCCAAAUAAAAAUAUUUUGACUAAAUACAAGACCCAUUUUGCUUGGUUUUUUGUUCCUCCCAGUGCUGAUGAUCUUUUCCACUCUCUAUGCAUAAUAUUACUUACAGUAAAAAAAAGUCUUUCAAUUAGAAGAUCGUAGGAGAAGUUUGUCCUCAGAGAGAUGCUUGCUGUCUUGGACAACACUCUAGCGCAUCCUUGUAGAUACCCAAGCUGGAUCUCUGGGUGCCACCUUUCUUUCUAGACAUAUUUCUAUGUCAGAUCCUGUGACGGGCUGGUGACAGACAGUGGUUUUGAUUUGGAACAGCUCAGCCACAUUAUCCUCUUCUACUGCCUUCAUUCAUAUUUCCUGCUGGAUUCGAUUGCGUGAAGCGCA